GUGUGGAGUCUAUGUCAACGUCGCGGUAUGUUCGCUCCGCGAAGUCGCGCCGCGAUUCACGCGCAUUGUCUGGAGGGGGCUAUACAAUUUAAUCAGAUUGGCGAAAAUAUUUUUCAGUCUGGAGUGGCCUUUAUAAAAAAAAAAUUAACUUCCCCUCCAGACUAUGCACGUGAAUCGCAGCGCGACUUUAUAUCUCCAUGCAUGAAGCAGACAGUACAUAAGUUAGAGCGAGAAACGAUUAUUUUGACAGCACCAAGGUGGCGGUGCGGUGCGGUAGUCUGUUGUGGCUUAAUAGUCUGUCAAUGUCAACUCAACUGUCACAAUUGACAAUACUCGCAAGGUAAGUGUCACUGUCAUGCUAUUCUAUAAUAAUGCUAAGCGUGGGCAUUUAUUUUACAUUUUUUUUAUUUCAAUAAUAUCAUAAGUAUCAUGCCUAUAAUUACUGUUGAGUUAGAGACUUUUGUACAAUAGUAUAACAUUUGUGACGCGAUCUGUGAGAGAUGGAAGCAAGUGCUGACUCUGGCCGAAUGUCGCCGGCGCGCGUGAAGGAGGAGGCCGAGACGGACCUGGCGGAAAUGCCCCGUGUUAAGGAAGAAGCCGAAUUCAUGGAUGAAGAGGAGCGUGUGAAGGAGGAGUGCUCGGACAGCGACGACGGGUGUGGCGUGAGCGAGGCCGCCAUGCUGGCCGGCCUGUACGCCGAGCACGAGGUCAAGGACGAGCUCGUGCUGGGGCCGGAGCGCCCGCACCGCCCCACAGUCGGCCUGGUGGUGAGAGAGCGAGACGAUGAGGCAACCACAAGCGCUUCCACUGGUUCAAGAGGUCCACGAGGGAAAAAUGCGCAAUAUUACCGUGAUUACAGAGCACGGAAGCGAGCGGAGCAGGAAAAAGAGUUGUUGAAUAGAACUAGUGAUCCUUCUACGAUUGCUGAUUCUUCUACAAUUAACGCAGGAUCAGCAACAUUGAAGAAAAGGAAAUCAGCCGCGGAAUACCAGAGAGAGUACCGAGCACGUAAAAAAGCCAAACGUGACAAUAUACUCAUUGAUUCGCUAGCUGUAAUUCCAUCAAUUUCCACAGGGGGAUUUACUACCACUCAUCAAUCAACUAUAGUAGACCAACUAACAACUGCUGGGCCUUCGACGAGUAGUGAUAUUGGUUUUGCAAAGCCAACAAGGAGGAAAACACCCGCAGAAUAUCAGCGAGAAUAUAGAGCAAGGAAAAAAGCUCAACGGGAAUCUACCAGGGCUACGAAAACCAACGAUGGUUCAAUGAAGAUUGCUGAUGAAAAUACCAGCAAUAUUGGUGACGAAAAUGCAAGGAUAAACCGUAUAUACUUACUUACCUUUCCGGUUCCGGUGCAAGCAUAGUCAGUCGCUGUGUGUAUCGCUCUGCGUUUAUUUAUUUAGUAUAAAUUUUAUUUUGACACUCGGAGAGACUUUACACUUCCAAAUCUUAUUAGUAUUAGUACUCUGACAUUGGGGACCUUUUACAUCUCCAGAUUUAAUGUGUUUUUAACCAUAGAGACUAUACAUCUCUAUUGUAUUGUAGUAAUUAUUUGUUUUAAGAUUAUUAUAAUGUAAUGUUUACCCAGGUAUUGGCUGUUGUAUUUAUAAAUGUUGUUAUGUAUUUUUCAUGUCACUAUAUGAUGUUACUAUAAAUGUUGUAUUGACUUGUAAAAGAGCCCUUGAGGCCUACUUGCAGAAUAAAUUUUAGAAUUUUAAAUAACGAAAUAAAGUGCUAAACAUUGACAAUUUCUACCGAAAGUGUUACUCCUCAAAGUGAUCAAGUUAUAGUUUCAACUAAAAUAACUUAAAAUAAACAAGCAACAAUAAAAAAGUGAAGAAAGGGUCUAGCAGGCUAAGGAAGGAGAAGUGGCCCCUGUGACAAAUAUCGGAUUUUAAAAAUGUCAUUUGUUGGCUAUCUCAUAAUAUAGAAACACCCUAACUUUCAGCCCCCUAUCUUGAACCGUCACCGAGAUACUGUCAAAAACGUCAUUUUUUGGACACAUUUUUCAAUGUCGUUUUUCUCCUGAACUAUAUAAGGUAGAGCAAUCAAACCAAAUCAUAGCUACAAAGGAUGGGUAGGAGUAUAACUCUGUUUUGUUUUAAUAAUUAAUUCCAUGAAAAAAUAAUGAUUAAAAUGUCUGAGAAUUUUUUGACAGCUCUUUUCAACAAGUAUUUGUAAAGGUACAGCUACGGAAAAAAUCACAUUUUUAUGAUAAAUAAAGAAAUAUUAUAGGACAUUAUUAUGUACACAAAUUGACUUAGUACUAAAGUAUGCAUGGCAUGUGUUGUGGGUACUUAUUUACAUGUACCUAAUAUAUAAGUAUUUAUAAAUACAUAGAAAACACCCAUGUCUCAGGAACAAAUAUUCAUGCUUCCAGGAUUUGAACCUGGGACCAUUGGCUUCAUAGGCAGGGACUGAGCGAGCGCUCGCGUCUCGCAUCUGUGUGCGCGCACUCACACUUAGAUAGCUCCUGCUCCCGCCCACCGCAGCGCGACAGAAACAUAGCUUCAAAAAUUCGAGAUUUGAAAAGUUGCUCAGCUAGGAAUUGCUCUUAACAAGCUAAGGAAAAUAAAUUUCGUUACAAUAUAAUUAGAAAACAUUUAUAUUUUAGGUGCAAGAAAUAUCUAAUAAAAUUUGUACUUUACUCAA